CUGGUCAAUGGAUGCAUGUGGACGACUGAAAAUUGAAGAGAACUGGUGUUUGCUGAAUCAGAAGAGAGUCAGAAGUGGGUCAGAAGUGGAACUUUGUGCUUUAAGUCAAGCAGCACUUCUCUGCAGCGUACAGCACCUCUCAGAAUGCAGUCUUUAUUCAGAUAUGUGGACUGGGUCUCUGCUGGCCUAGCACUGCUGGUGCUCCUGCUCUCCCUGCUCCUGUUGGAGGUCUUCAGGAUGACCUCCUCUAGGAGUUGCACUCCUCCAGGACCCACCCCACUGCCAUUCCUGGGAAACAUGCACCAGAUAUUGAGGGAUCCAAUGGCCCACAUCAGAUUGAUGAGCCAAUAUGGAGAGAUGUGCACCAUGCACUUGGGCAGAAAGCCAAUCAUUGUGCUGAACAGCAUGGAGCUCAUGAAGGAAGCGUACAUUCACAAAGGCACUGUAUUUUCCGGAAGGCCGUUCAUGCCUUUAUUUGAUUGGAUCACCCACGGGUACGGUAUUGUGUCGGUCACGUAUGGUAACGCAUGGAUGGUGCAGCGACGCUUUGUGCUGCACACGCUGCGUAAUUUCGGUCUGGGGAAGAAGUCUGUGGAGGAGCGUGUGAAUGAGGAAACACAGUACCUCAUCCAAGAGUUCCAGCAGCACGAGGGGAACCCUUUUUACCCCAUCCACCCCAUUAUGAACGCCGUUUCCAACAUCAUCUGCUCUAUCGUGUUUGGAGAGCGCUUCGACUACAACAACAAGCGCUUUGCUCAGCUGCUGGAACUUCUGAAUGAAAACAUUCGAGUAGCUGGUGGACCUGCAGCACAGAUCUUCAACCUGUUCCCCUUCAUAAAACACUUCCCAGGGCCACACCAGAAGAUCUACCGCAAUGCUUGUGCCUUAAUAGAGUUCGUCCAGGAGUCCGUGGUGGAGCACAGGAACACUCUCGAUCCAGAAAACCUGCGGGACUUCAUCGAUACCUACCUGGUGGAAAUAAGCAAGCAGCACAAGUCGACAGUUAAUUCCACGUUCCAUGAUGCGAACCUGAUUAUGACGGCAUUAGACCUCUUCUUUGGUGGCAGUGACACUACGGCGACCACUCUCCGCUGGGGUCUCAUUUUCAUGAUGGACAACUCCAACGUCCAAGAGCGCUGUCAUGAGGAGAUCGUUGGUGUGCUGGGCUAUGACCGUGCUCCCAGCAUGGACGACCGCUCACGUCUCCCGUACACCUACGCCACCGUCCAUGAGAUCCAGCGCCUUGGCAACAUUCUGCCCCUCGGCGUGGCUCACGAGACAACACAGCCCACCCAGCUACGGGGGUACAACAUCGCCAAGGGAACAAUGAUCAUGACUAACCUAACUGCAGUCUUCACUGACAAAGAGUACUGGAAGCACCCAGAAACAUUCAACCCAGAAAACUUUCUGGAUGAGGAAGGGCAGUUCUGCAAACACGAACACUUCAUCCCCUUUUCUUUGGGUCCGAGGGUGUGUCUCGGUGAAUCUCUGGCGAGGACAGAGCUCUUCCUCUUCUUCACCUCUCUGAUUCAGCACCUGCAGUUCUCCUGGCCCCCAGGAGCUCCGCGUCCCAACAUGGACGGCAACAUGGGUAUAAUCCGUACUCCGUACCCGUUCAACACCUGCUGUCGCAGUAGGGAGCCGACCCACUGAGCCCGCACGUGGACAACACCGUCUCUGGACUGCAACCCUGUGCCUCUCUCUCUCUCUCUCUCUCUCACACACACACACACACACACACACACAUACACACACACACACACACACACACACACAUUACACCAUGACUACUGCUCUGAAGUGGGACACUUACCUCUGCAGUGAGUACAAAGGUGCAUAUCUGGUUCCAUGUGUGUGUAAAUUAGCAGCAAUGUAAACAAUGAGUGGGUGAAGUGUAUGAAUGGUUUAGCAUUAUAAAACAAGCUAAUAUAACCAUAUUACUUUUUUAUCCUAACUUUGCACAGCACACCACUGGUUUGCAAUUCACUUUACACAUUCUCUCUAUGAUUGAAAAAUCCAGAGGAACAAAUAUGCAAAUUUGAUGAUAUAAACUAUAUCCAUGUAAUAAAUUCACUUUUAAAUGUUAAUGUAAUAAAUGUUACAAUUUAUACCUCCUACUCGCUAUUACAUAUUCCACAGGAGUGCGAUGUCAUGCAAUUACUGUGACUAAGAACCUGCCUACCCUACAUACAUUUACAUUUACAUUUAUAGCAUUUAGCAGAUGCUCUUAUCCAGAGCGACUUACAAAAGU